AUGGCGUCGGCGGGUGCGUCCCCAGCCCCUGGCCCCGAGCGUCCCGCCGCCCGCCACCGGGCGACUGCGCCCCGGCCCCUGAGCCCGCCCCGCUGCCAGGCACCGCCCCGGCCCGGCCCCGAGAGAGGAGGGGCGAUGAGGCCGCCCACCCCACCGAGCGCGACGCACCGGGCACCGAGAACGUCCGAACCCGGCUACGCCGGCCCUACCCCACCGCCGGCCCACUCACGCGGGACUCGGGUCGUCUCCUCUGCGUGGGGCGAAUCAGGGCUCCCCUUCCCCCGCACCCUCCCACCUGUCAAUCAGGAGGAUCCCCGCCCUAGCAGACCGCGAGGUCAGAGCCAGCCCCGACCCCGGCGCCCCGUGAGGCCCCCAGGUCAGGGCGUGCAACCCCGGCAGGGGGACCCCGGCCCCCGCGGCGCGCACUCGCAGCUGCCCGCAGCCCCAUGCGGCCCGAGGAGCCGGGGCACCCGCAUCCCGUCUCGGGGCGGCUCAGCGGCCAAGGGCGGGCAAACUUCCGCAGACGCGGGACCCGACGCCCGGCCAGCGGUACAGCAGACUCCGCAGCACGGAAAAGCCCCAGCACGCAGCACCGCGCAAGCGCGCACCCAAGCCCCGCCCCGUGGGGGCCACCACGCCACACCCUCCCUCCAGCCCUGUCAAGGUUGA